AGCGACGAAGGGUGUUCUGAUUGGCUGAGGGUGGAGUUUGUAUGUGCUUGGUUAGCGCCACGCUGCUGGCUGCAGCUGCUGUUGAGUGUUUGGCCUCAGGUGGGCUCACGCGAUGAACUUCGAGGUGAAGUUCACUUCCCCUGUUACUUACAAGCUGAAACUGGCCCAGACGUGCAGCGUAAGAAAGGACGAAGUUGUGUUCUUCAAAACCAGAGGGAAGUUGGUCGUGAUGUCUCGAGAGACGGAGGGGGAGUGUCAGCAGUCCCACGGCAGUGGCGCCUGUUCCCAGUCCCAAGGUGGUUUCUCUCAGUCUCAAGGCAUCUCCUCCCAGACACACGGCGGCUCUUCACAGUCUCAAGGCACGUCCAGUUCCAGCAGCACGGCACCCACAUCUAGCCAGUCCUCUCACUCCAGCUCAGGAACGCUGAGCUCUUUCGACACAGUGUCUACCCAAGAACUCUGUUCUAUUCCUGAGGACCAAGAACCUGAGGAGCCUGUCCCUGCCCCUUGGGCUCGAUUAUGGGCCCUUCAGGAUGGAUUCCCCAAUCUUGAGUGUGUUAAUGACAACUACUGGUUUGGGAGAGAUAGAAGCUGUGAAUACUGCUUUGACGAGCCACUGCUGAAAAGAACGGAUAAAUACCGGACUUACAGCAAGAAGCACUUUCGGAUUUUCAGAGAAAUGGGUCCUAAAAACUCUUACAUCGCAUACAUAGAAGAUCACAGUGGGAAUGGAACCUUUGUAAAUAGAGAGCUGGUAGGGAAAGGAAGACGCCUUCCUUUGAAUAACAAUUCUGAAAUUGCACUUUCAGUGUGGAGUAAUAAAGUUUUUGUAUUUUUUGAUCUGACUGUAGAUGAUCAAUCAAUUUAUCCUAAGGAAUUAAGAGACCAAUACAUCAUGUCAAAAACUCUUGGAAGUGGUGCCUGUGGUGAGGUGAAGCUAGCUUUUGAGAGGAAAACGUGUAAGAAAGUAGCCAUAAAAAUCAUCAGCAAAAGGAAGUUCGCUAUUGACUCUGAGAGAGAGGCUGAUCCAGCUCUCAAUGUUGAAACAGAAAUAGAAAUUUUGAAAAAACUAAAUCAUCCUUGUAUCAUCCAAAUUAAAGACUUUUUUGAUGCCGAAGAUUAUUACAUUGUCUUGGAAUUGAUGGAAGGAGGAGAGCUCUUCGACAGGGUGGUGGGAAAUAAGCGCCUGAAAGAAGCUACGUGCAAACUCUAUUUUUACCAGAUGCUCCUGGCUGUCCAGUACCUUCACGAAAAUGGUAUUAUACAUCGGGACUUAAAGCCAGAGAAUGUUCUGCUCUCAUCUCAAAAAGAGGACUGUCUUAUAAAGAUUACUGAUUUUGGGCAGUCUAAGAUCUUGGGGGAGACCUCUCUCAUGAGAACAUUAUGUGGUACUCCUACUUACCUGGCUCCUGAGGUUCUUAAUUCCUUUGGGACUGCUGGAUAUAACCGGGCUGUGGAUUGCUGGAGUUUAGGAGUGAUUCUUUUUAUUUGCCUUAGUGGGUAUCCACCUUUCUCUGAGCAUAAGACUCAAGUGUCUUUGAAGGAUCAGAUCACCAGUGGAAAAUUCAAUUUCAUUCCUGAAGUCUGGGCAGAGGUCUCAGAAAAGGCUCUGGACCUUGUCAAGAAGUUGUUGAUAGUGGAUCCAAAGGUGCGUUUUACGACAGAAGAAGCUUUAAGACACCCAUGGCUUCAGGAUGAGGACAUGAAGAGAAAAUUUCAGAAUUUGCUUUUUGAAGAAAAUAAGUCGAUGUCUUUACCCCAAGCCCCAGCCCAGUGCCCUUAGAAGACUUAAUAAGGACGAGUGAGUUGAAUGCAUUAAAGAAACACAGCCGGAGAUUGUCACUCAAGAGGUCUCCUGCAAGGCAAAUUGGAAGACUCUAUUAGAAGUUCAAAUUGAAACUUGUUGGAAAUUUAAAAUCUGGGCAAGUGGUUGAUUAUUGAUUAUAAUUUUAUUCCUCCAAGGUUCUUUGUUAGGAUUAGUUAAUAUCUGCUCAUUCGUAUUCUGCCUUCUUUUGGUGAAUUAUACUCACCUUCCCACUGUCCCCUUGAAAUUUUAUAAAUGGGGAAACAAAGACACAAAAAAGAUGAUCUUUCCACAAAAGAGCAAGAUCUGGGGCUCCCAGCAAGAGGUAUUGUAGUCCCUUUGAACUUCAUAAUUUCGCAGGAGAUGCCAGAGAGGAGGGAAGGUGUUUAUGCUGCGUCCUUUCAGUAUACAUUAAGCGGUCUGAAGCCACAAAGGAGAGAAAUGUCCUUGAAUAAACAUGUCUGAGUCUGGGCACAUUUGGUGGGGAUUCAGAUGUCAAGGGGGGGAUGACUCCUAAUUCUUGGCACUAGAAGCUUCAUGUGAAAUGCUCCAGGUUUACUGGCAGCACAGUGGAACACUUUGAUAAUCUUAGAGCCAGUGGUUUUCUUUGAACAUUUCUUCCUUUUUACUUCCAGCCUUCCACAAGUCGAAAGCGGCUUCUUGAAGGGGAAGCAGAGGACGCUGACACCACAAAGCGUCUGGCUGUGUGUGCUGCCGUGUCGUGAACACUGGUUGGACAUGAAAG